AUGGGCUCGACCAAAACUCCUCUCGAAAGCGUGCAGGCAUGCUGGGCUCGAAUCUCUCAGGCCUCCCCUAUCUACCAGCUCACCCUCUCUGAUGUUGUACUUGAGAGUGCCACAGAAGGAUCUAUGGUUGCAAAGCUCACGGUCACUGAAAACCACAUCAAUUCUAAAAAAGGUCUGCACGGCUCUGUCUCUGCGACCAUAGUCGACUGGGCGGGCGGCAUGGCGAUAGCCUCCACCGGCCUGGAACAGACUGGCGUCAGCACAGAUAUACAUGUGUCGUACGUUUCGUCUGCAAAGGUUGGCGAUUCUCUGACCAUCGAGGCCAAGGUAUCAAGAGUGGGAACGAAUAUGGGGUUUACCACGGUAACCAUUUACAAAGGAGAAGGAGAUAACAAGAGCGUUGUCGUUCAUGGCACUCAUUCCAAGUACAUUCUGCGUGAUCGCCAGGCGAGUAAGACUAGCUGA